UUUUAAUUUAAUAUUUCUACUGAUUUAUUGGUUUCUCGUGGGUUUCUGAUGCCGGAAUUUCUUCUCAAAAUUAAUACCAAUGAAAUAAUUGAUAGAGUAUGACGGGUGUACCUGGAAGAGUAUGACCCCUGUGAUAAGACUUGGCUGAACAUAAGCGAUCUAUAUGGUGGUUUAGCUUAUUCAACACCCCAAGUGUUCGUUAGCUUUUGCCUUUGAGAAAUAUUUUAUGCAACUUUUUUUUUUUUUUUUUUUUUUUUUUUUUUUUUUUUUUACAAUAAAAUUAACCAAAUCCAUCAUUACAUCACCAUCACAACCACCACCAUCUCUCCACCGUUCCGCGGAUCAACUACGUACAAAGGCCUUCCUCUUCCCCUCUUCCUCUUUUUCCUGUCAUCUUCUUUUUAUUCCAUCCUUUCUCAACAACAAUGACCCCAACGCUGCUUUGUUGUGGAACAAAAAGAUACCCCAGUAGCAAAGAGUAUAAAAUAUGACCAUAUAUUAACUCCUUAAGGAAAACAUCUCCUUUGUAGCAGCAUCUCCAACAAUGGUGGCACAUGUAGAGGAAGAAAAUGAAAUUUUAAGUUAUCUUGGUCGUGAUGUGAGAACGGAAAUUUGAGGAAAAAACUAUUUUGAAUUUGUGAUUACAAAUUAACCCCUAACCUCGAUUUCAUUGAAAAUAUGACCAAUUUAUCCCCUGAUAGAUGUAUCAACUUUGUAUAUUAGCUUGGACCUCAACCCUCACAUUUUUUUUCUUAGUCUAGUAUUUGCGUGUUAGACAAUUUAAAAGUGAAAGAGGAGUGUAAAGGAUCCCCACCCAAAGUGUUCCUACUGAAACCCCAACUUUAAAUAAUAAUAAAAAAAAAAAAAAAAAAAAUUGUAACAGCUUCCGUCUCUCCACACAGUCCACAGUCACACUGACGAAUAACGGCAGUUAAGUGUUAAUUGCGCGCCAUUCUCAUAUUCUCUUCAAUGUGUCCAACAUUAUGCUACUAGGGUUUCGAAAUUUCAUCAAUUUUAGUUGUGUAGGGUUCCAGAAAAAUCUCAAAAUUCAACAAGGGUUGUUUGCGAUUCAAGUACGAGCAAUGGGUUCUGGUAAAAACGAGAAAUCGGCAAAAUUGUCAGUUGAUGCUAGUCCAAAUUCUCAGAAAAAUGUUUCAAAUGAAAAUGCUGUUGUUGGAAGCAAAUUAGCUGAAAUUUUGAGCAUAAAAAAUGACCCAGGAAAGCUGGAGAAUAUGACAGUUCAAGAGCUUAGAACUGCAUUAAGGAAUGUUGGAGCAUCCAGCAAAGGUCGCAAACAAGAGCUUGUUUCGGCUUUGAAAACUAUUUUGGAAGAGGGCAUUGAUGGUAAAAUUUCUUUGCUAAGUGAGAAUGAAUCUUUAGAGGAGAAUGUAUCAAAUCAAAUUAGCUCACCACAACGUAAACGGAGUAAAACAAAUGAAAAAGAUGUUGCUGAUGAGACUUUGGAUGUUGAUAUCGACAUCAAGACCGUGAAGCAAAGUACAUCCGUAGAGACUAGUGAUGUCUCUGGAAAAAAGCGUACUACAAAAAGAAAAGUGGCUGCAGGUUCUGCUAGCGUUCAUGUGGAAGUUUCUCAAGAGGUUAAUGAAUCUUCUUAUGAGAAGGAACCAUGGACAAGGUUUGCCCACAAAAAGCCUCAGAAAGGUUGGGUUGCUUAUAAUCCAAAAACCAUGAGGCCACCUCCUCUUACACGUGAUUCUAAUGUUGUGAAGCUGUUGUCUUGGAAUGUAAAUGGUUUGAGGGCAUUACUCAAGUUGGAGGGAUUCUCUGCACUUGAGCUUGCCCAAAGAGAGGAUUUUGAUGUUUUGUGCUUGCAGGAGACCAAAUUACAGGAGAAAGAUGUUGAAACAGUCAGAGAUCUUUUGGAAGGCUAUGAAAACAGUUUCUGGACGUGUAGUAUAGCUAAAGCUGGAUACUCUGGUACAGCAAUUGUUUCACGGGUUAAACCUUUGUCAGUGAAAUAUGGCCUUGGAAUAGCAGAUCAUGAUACUGAGGGCCGUGUAGUAACAGUAGAGUUUGAUUCAUAUUAUCUAUUGUGUGUAUAUGUUCCCAAUUCUGGGGAUGGUCUCAAGAGAUUGUCGUACAGGAUUACAGAAUGGGACCCGUCGCUCAGCCAGUAUGUGAAAGAAUUAGAAAAGUCAAAACCUGUAAUUCUGACUGGUGAUCUGAACUGUGCACAUCAAGAGAUUGACAUUUAUAACCCUGCUGGAAACAAGAGGAGUGCUGGAUUUACAAUUGAAGAAAGGGAAUCAUUUGAGAAGAACUUCCUGUCCCAGGGAUUUGUGGACACUUUCAGAAAUCAGCAUCCCAAUGUUGUGGGAUAUACUUAUUGGGGCUACAGGCAUGGUGGACGUAAAACUAACAGAGGAUGGCGGCUUGACUACUUUCUAGUCUCAGGAUCAAUAGCUGACAGGGUUCAUGACUCCUAUAUUCUCCCAGAUGUCAAUGGUAGUGACCACUGUCCCAUUGGCCUAGUAAUCAAGUGCUAGCCUACACCCAUAUAUAACUCAUCAAGUGGGAUCCAUGUGUGGCUCAUGAAGAAAAACACUUCUUGAUGGUGCAAAUUUGACAUCAGUGCUGCAAAUCUUGCCUGCUCCUGUUCUAACUUUAUGAACCGGAGGACCAAGCAAUUGCUCUUCAGCUUUGAUGCACUGCGUUGAGCAUUCACUAUUAUUGGGAUGCGAGGAAGUCGGCUUUAUUUGGAAAAGGGGCAUCACAAAGUUUACACGGGGUUGGUUCAAUUUUGCAAUCAGAGCCUUUUUCAUCCUUGUAAGCUUGUCCUUGCAGUGUGUCCUAGUUGAGUCUUAUUCACUUGAGACGUUAUAACUUUAAUGUAAAUCAAGUAUUUACACAUGUUAUUGUCUUCUGUUUAUUGUUUAUGCAUAGCCA